AUGCUGUCUGGCGUAGCCGAUACCAUGCGCGCGUCAUCAUGGCGACGCCAGAUGGCGCAGUUCGUGCAAAUGCUGCAUGUGAUUGCCAUGGCGCUGGCUGUUUGGAAGGGCCUAGGCAUCGUGACGAAUAGCGAGUCGCCCGUGGUCGUCGUGUUGAGUGGCAGCAUGGAACCUGCCUUCCACCGCGGCGAUCUGCUGUUUCUGACGAUGGGAAGCAAGCCGAUCGAAGUGGGUGAAAUCACCGUGUACAGCGUGCCUGGCACUGAGAUCCCGAUUGUGCACCGUGUGACAGAGACACGACCGAAUCCAAAAAAGAAGCAUGGCCAGCUACUUCUUACGAAAGGCGACAACAAUCACGGUGACGAUAUCAUGUUAUACAAAGGGCCGCGAUGGAUCCGCGAUGACCAAAUAGUGGGGCGCGUUCAAGGGUACGUGGACAUGUCUCUCACCGUAACAGAUUCAUUCCCUAUGCUGGCUACGUAA